AUGCCGUUGAGCCACUGGGGGCUUAGCUUCCGAUCAGAGCAGGCUAUUUGUUUAGCUGUCUGUGCUCUAGUCAAGGCUGAAGAUCCUAAUGAAAGUGACGCAGCUUCUGAUAAUAAAAAAGAUCUCACUACAGCAGAGACUGGCUACGGAGGUGGAGGUUAUGGAGGAUACGGUGGAGGAGGUUAUGGUGGCGGUAAAGGAGGCUACGGUGGUGGAGGGUACGGUAGCGGAGGACAUGGUGGAUACGGUGGUGGAGGGUAUGGUGGCGGAGGACAUGGUGGAUACGGUGGUGGAGGCUAUGGUGGCGGAGGACAUGGUGGAUACGGUGGUGGAGGCUAUGGUGGAUACGGAUACGGGAGCGGUAAAGGAGGAUACGGUGGUGGAGGUUAUGGAGGAUACGGUGGCGGAGGAUACGGGAGCGGUAAAGGAGGAUACGGUGGUGGAGGUUAUGGUGGAUACGGUGGCGGAGGUUAUGGAGGAUACGGGGGUGGAGGUCAUGGUGGAUAUGGUGGUGGAGGCUAUGGAGGAUACGGUGGUGGAGGACGUGGAGGAUACGGUGGUUAUGGUUGGUGGUGA